GUCUCUUUAUUAUUUGACUUCUUCGUCUUUGUCUUUAUAUUCACAAAAAUUCUUCCCAUUGGUUUCUCAUUUUGUUCUGUCUCCCCUUAGCAUUUAUAUGAGAGUAACAUUAAUAUAAUAAGUUAUAACAUACAUUAACUCUGGCUUAAGGACAAGUCUCUUCCGUUUCAUCUUUGCUUUCAGGCAUGGAUUUUGUGGAGUUGAAGAGAAGGAGCAGCACUAGCAGGAAACUGCUCUUGCUUGCUGGCAUUGCUGCAAUUUGUUUAUUUAUAUUCAGAAGUUCAUCUAGUUUUAGUACCUCCGUCAAGUUUUCUCAGCACGAACCUGGUGUAACUCAUGUGCUAGUGACUGGCGGUGCUGGCUACAUAGGUUCUCAUGCUUCCCUUCGUCUCCUAAAGGAUGCGUAUCGUGUAACUAUAGUGGACAACCUUUCCCGUGGAAACAUGGGCGCUGUAAAAGUUCUGCAAGAACUUUUCCCUGAGCCAGGGCGACUUCAGUUUAUUUAUGCUGAUCUGGGAGAUGCUGCUGCUGUAAACAAGAUUUUUUCACAAAAUGCAUUUGAUGCUGUGAUGCAUUUUGCAGCUGUUGCAUAUGUUGGUGAAAGUACUCAAGAACCGCUUAGGUAUUAUCAUAACAUCACAUCAAAUACUCUGGUUCUAGUUAAGGCUAUGGCAGCACAUGGUGUAAAGACACUAAUCUAUUCAAGUACCUGUGCAACAUAUGGAGAGCCUGAGAAAAUGCCUAUUACAGAAGUCACUCCACAAGCCCCAAUAAAUCCAUAUGGAAAAGCAAAGAAAAUGGCUGAAGAUAUCAUACUGGACUUCUCAAAGACUUCAGAUAUGGCUGUCAUGAUUUUAAGGUACUUCAACGUGAUUGGCUCAGACCCUGAAGGAAGGUUAGGAGAAGCUCCACGACCAGAAUUACGUGAGCAAGGUCGGAUAUCUGGUGCUUGUUUUGAUGCAGCCAGGGGCAUAAUUCCAGGAUUGAAGAUAAGAGGAGUAGAUUACACUACACCUGAUGGCACUUGUGUAAGAGACUAUAUCGAUGUGACUGACCUAAUUGACGCUCAUGUUAAAGCUCUUGAGCACGCAAAACCAAGCAAAGUUGGCAUCUACAAUGUCGGGACUGGAAAAGGUAGUUCAGUGAAACAAUUUGUGGAAGCUUGUAAAAAGGCAACAGGAGUAAACAUAAAGAUUGAUUACCUCAGUAGACGUCCAGGAGAUUACGCUGAAGUCUACAGCGAUCCUUCUAAAAUUAGGCGCGAACUGAACUGGAUAGCCAGAUAUUCACUUGAGGAGAGUUUAGCAAUAGCAUGGAGAUGGCAAAAGGUACACAGAAAUGGUUACAACUAAAGUAACUCAGUUUUGCUAACCAGGUUCUGCAGAGAACCAUAAAUACGUCGAGGAAACAGGAUUGGCUUUUCGUCAAUUCUCACAGCUCCUUGUCGAUGUCAGAUAUCAAUAUAAUCCCAUUUUGUUAUAGCUUUACAGUUUGCUAGAUGUAUACCUACAAAUAAUUUUAGUCUGGUUAUACAUAUUCUUGUUCAUCAAUAGUCAAUUUUAAUUCCCAAGUGAUUUGGAUUGCAAAGUGUAUACACGAGACAUAAUGUGACAAGAAAAUUGCUGGGGAAAUGGAAAUAUUUACAGCUGAUUCUAUGA